AUGAUGCUAACAAUGACAUCAACCCAGCGAUUACGCCAGGAGGUUGCUUUCCUACUACAUGAUCGUCACCAGAUUCGACAAUUGCACUUUCUACAGCAGCAAUUCAAGACCUCAAUUAAACGGAAUGGAAUACGUAAUAUUAUACGUGGUACACAUCAAACUCCAGUACUAUUGCGGCCAAAAAUGCUACAAUCGACGCGCUUGCAUACGUUUUUUCGACAAACAAAUGCAGAGAAACCAUUGAGCUGGGAAACAUGGUUGCAAGAAAAGAUUCCGAAAGGAUUUGGACGGUUUUACCCUAAAAAUGGAAGUACUACUACUACUACUGGUGGUAGUGGUAAGAAUAUCAAUGGACCACCGAAAACGGCACCGAAAACAGGUGAUAAAGGAGCUAGUGAUGUGAAAAAAUUGAGUUCAAAGACUGUGGAAGGCAAAAAUGGAGGCAGUAAAGGCAAAAAAGGCUCGUCAGGAGGCACUUCGUUUGACAAACCCAUGCAAGAAAUUACAUACCAGGAAUUCCGGAAUUCAUUUUUGGAGUCUGGACGCGUAGAGAAGCUCGUGGUUGUAAACAAAAAGUACGUCAAGGUGUUUUUGAACGAUACGGUGAGCGAUUCAUCGUCAUUAGGAUCGGGCGCGGUAUCUGGGGCCAAUAAUGAUUUCUCAGACUGGCACGAUCCCAAUGCAAAGGGUACACAUGAGUACGACUUUGCAUCAGAGCCAGAUCGCCAAUCUGGUGGCAAUAGUAGCCGUAGAGGAAACGUACCUGGCAUGGGUGCACGUGGUGGUACUUCGGGUCACCCGAACUCCAAUCCUGUGUAUUAUUUCAACAUCGGCAGUGUGGAUAAUUUUGAGCGACAGAUUGAACAUGCGCAGCAUCAGAUGGGAAUCCGUCCCCAUGACUACAUUCCGGUACAGUACGUUGACGAGAUUAGCAUUACAGCCGAGCUGAUGAAGUUUUUGCCGACCAUUUUGCUAAUUGGUUUCCUGCUCAUGUCCAUGCGCGGUGUGGGAGGUGGAGCUGGUGGCGGUGGCGGCAUUGGUAACAUCUUUAAGGUUGGUAAGAGUCCGGCCAAGAAGAUUGUCAAAGAAGACAUAAAGAUCUCGUUCAAGGAUGUGGCCGGUGUGGAUGAGGCGAAGAAGGAGAUCAUGGAGUUUGUGGAUUUCCUUCGCAAUCAGAAACGUUUUUUGGACCUUGGUGCCAAGAUUCCGAAAGGUGCACUGCUUGUUGGACCGCCUGGUACGGGUAAGACGCUGCUGGCAAAGGCUACAGCUGGUGAAGCUAGUGUCCCAUUUUUCAGCAUUUCGGGAUCGGAUUUUAUCGAAAUGUUUGUAGGCGUGGGUCCGUCACGCGUGCGUGACCUGUUCAAAGAGGCUCGUGCAAAUGCUCCAUGCAUUGUGUUUAUCGAUGAAAUUGAUGCGGUGGCCCGCUCACGAAGUAAGGGUAACUUCUCGGGCGGCAAUGACGAGCGUGAAAAUACGCUUAAUCAGCUACUUGUUGAGAUGGAUGGUUUUAACUCGAGUGAAGGUGUAGUGGUGCUUGCUGGUACGAACCGCGCUGAUAUCCUUGACAAGGCCAUUCUGCGCCCAGGUCGAUUCGACCGACAAAUUACUGUGGAUGUCCCUGAUAUCAAGGGCCGUCGUGAGAUCUUCAAGGUACAUCUCCAGGGGCUGACGCUCGAUGGCGCCGUGGAUGAUUUUGCUCGCCGAAUGGCUGCAUUAACGCCCGGCUUUGCCGGAGCUGAGAUUGCAAACAUUUGCAAUGAGGCUGCAAUUGUGGCCGCACGACGAAAUGGCAAAAGUAUCUCGUUUAAGGACUUUGAGCAAGCCACGGACCGUGUGAUCGGUGGACUUGAGACCAACCGCAUUAUGUCGCCAGAGGAGAAGAAGACGGUGGCGUACCACGAGGCUGGUCACGCUGUGGCUGGCUGGUUCUUAGAGCACGCUGAUCCACUGUUGAAGGUAACUAUUGUCCCACGAGGGAAAGGCUCGCUUGGAUACGCGCAGUAUCUCCCGAAAGAGGUCGCUUUGCACAGCAGCGAGGCCCUGACUGACAUGAUGUGCAUGGCACUUGGUGGCCGCGCGUCGGAACAUGUGAAUUUUGAUGGCCGUAUCACGACUGGCGCUUCCGAUGAUCUUCGUCGCGUGACACAGAUCGCGUACUCAAUGGUGCAGCUGUACGGUAUGAACGAUCGCGUUGGACAGCUUUCGUUUCCCAAGGACGAGGGUGCAUUUCCGGACAAGCUUUAUAGUAACAAGACAUCUGAGGUUAUGGACGAGGAGGUACAAAAGAUUGUUCACAAUGCGUACGAGCGCACGAAGCAGCUUUUGAAGGAGAAGCAGGCACAGCUGCACGAGCUGGCUGAGGAACUGCUGCAGAACGAGACCAUUAACCACUCGGACAUUGUGCGUGUGCUAGGGCCUCGCCCGUUUGGCGGUAACAAGACAUAUACCGAGUUCGUGGAAGAGUCCUGGAAGGAUGCCGACAAAUAUGAAGCAGAUAAGGCUAAGGCGUCCGUGGCAAGUUCUGAGGCGGCAACCGAUGCAAAGAACAGGGAGGAGGCUUUGACUAGCGAGGAUGAUCACACUACAGACGACAACGCUAAGGACAAUGACGACACGAAAGACGACAACGCCACUGACGAUGAGAAGAAGCAGUAG